AUGGUUUUCUUCGUUUGCAGUAAAUGUAAUGCCAGUUUAAGAAAGAAACAGGUGCAUCAGCAUUUCGUAACGUGUCGACCUAUUGACGUUUCCUGUGUCGACUGCUCGAAAUCAUUUACUCAACAAAGCUACUCUGCUCACACAACAUGCAUUUCUGAAAAGGAGAAAUAUGACAGUGCAAACCUUAAAAAUGUCGUUCCUAAAGGUGCCGCAAAGCAGGAGAAUUGGACGUCUAAUGUUCAUUCUAAAUUACGUGCUUAUAAUGCACCCUCUGGUGUUCCAACGCUGAUGAAAAAGAAACUCCUAGAAAGUACUAAUAUUCCACGCAAAAAGGCGAAAUUCGAGAAUUUUCUGAUGACGUCUUUUAGGUUUGCUAAAAAACAGGACAUUGAUGCGCUAUGGGACUGUAUAUCUGAACGGGAAAAUGUCGAAAUCAGUAAUAGUAUUGCCAAAGAAUCCAAUGACAGUACUAAAUCAGAAGCUUCAAGCUGUUCAAAAGGAUCAGUGUCCGAGAAGAAUGGCAGUCCUUCUAGCCCUGUGGACCCGGAUCCGACUGAUAAUGGUGAUUCUAAUGAGAAAUAUAAGAAAAUCCAUAAGCGAUUUAGAAAAACUAUUAAGUCAGUCUUAAACCUACGGUCGAAGCCAAUGAAAGCGAAGAAAUUGCGCAAAUUGACUAUCGCAGAUUUCAAGACGUCGAAGCAUUAUGAUAAAACACUCCAUUCUGAUAAGUUCCUGGGGAGUCUAUUAGAUGUGGUGCUAGAAAACAAUCGUCGAUUUGUUUUCUCAGAGGAUAAACAAAAGAAAUUAAAGCAAAUUGAAGAGAAGCCCAAGCGCAAGGCCCUCCCUUCGAUAGUUAUUCAAGGUGUCGAUCCACUUACUCUUUGGACUAACUUAUCUGAACUUGGAGAUGGAGCGUUUGGAAAAGUUUAUAAGGCGUCAAAUAAUAAAACCGGCGAGUUAGCAGCUCUUAAAAGUGUUGAUUUUACUUCAGAGGAAGAGUUAGAGGAUUUGAUGGUUGAAAUCGAUAUUCUAAAUGAGUGUAAACAUCCUAAUAUUCUUCAAUUACAUGAAGCCUACAUGUACCUUGAAUAUUGUGGUGGAGGUGCCGUUGAUGAUAUAAUGAGGAACUUAGAUAAACCUCUCACUGAACCACAAAUUAAGUUUAUAUCCCGAGAAGUUAUUUCAGGUCUUACAUUUCUUCAUCAACAUUUGAUUGUCCAUCGUGAUCUCAAAGCUGGAAAUAUUUUAAUAACCUCUAAUUAUGAGAUUCGGUUGGCCGACUUUGGUGUAUCGGCACAAAUGGCCAGUGAAAGCCAAAAACGCACAACUUUUAUCGGUACCCCAUACUGGAUGGCGCCCGAAGUGAUUGCUUGUGAAACUUUUAAAGACAACCCUUAUGAUGUUUCUGCUGAUGUUUGGUCUUUCGGUAUCAUGCUCAUUGAAUUCGCUCAAAUGCUUCCUCCCUACAAUGAACUCAAUCCUACUCGGGUUUUGCUAAAAAUUACCAAAAGUGAUCCCCCCACUCUUACUAAACCAAGCGCUUGGUCUGAUGUUUUCAAUAAAAUUAUCCGUCGAUGUCUACAGAAAAAUCCUUCUCAACGGGCUACUAUGAAUCAGCUCAUGAGCGAUCCAUUUGUUGCCAACGUGACUGAGUCUGACCGAUCGGUGAUCAAAUUACUUCUUGGUGAAGCUAACGCUGAAGUUGUGGAGGUGGUUCAAGAUAUCACUCCCGAUGAUCUGCCUGAUUUCGACACGGUGUUGGUGUCUGCAGAGACCGUGGAGGCUAUGGCGCAUUCACUACAAGAAAUUGAUUCUGCCGAUUCGGCCGAUGACAAAUCAUCUUCAACUGACACUACUCAAGUGCACAUUGUGAGCUAUGAGGAUGUACCAUUCGAUGAUGGACCUAAAGUACCACCCCUAUUUAUCACUGAGGAGGGGCAAUCAGAAAAGGAGAAUUUCGAUCUGCAAACAUCGUUUGGAGCUGUCGUUCCUACUCCAGAGCCCUCCGUGCAGCCUUCGAUACAACUCCCUACACCUCCCCCUGCUCCUUUGCCCUUACCCGAAUUCGCCUUGGAAAUUUCUCGAACCAGUGGCGUUGACAGUCUUGAGUCGGAUGAGACAAGGGAAAUAGCUUCGUCACAUCCAUUUGGCGAAACUAAAACUACCAAUGUGGACGAGGAUGUGAAGAAUAGUAAUCUACUUUCUCAAGAACAGCCCAUGACCUCUAUGUUGCAACGAUGUCCCAAACACUUCAGAGCCUCGAUUCGUACGCGUCGAUUUGUGGUGGAUGGCAAAGAACACACAACCACUUCGAAGAGGGUUGUGCUUGCUGAGACAAAACCAAAGCCGAUUGCAAAUAGUGGAGCUCGGUUGCGGGCCCUUCGUGAAUUCCGAGAGCUGGCAAAGGAAAGCAAACGUCGAAAUCGGGAGAUUGCUGGACGUGUAGAACAACAAAUGCGUCAGCUAGACGCUAAGCAGGCUAAUGAGUUCACGCAAUUACAUAGGGGCCUUACGCGAGACUUAGAGGCCGUGGUAAAGAAAUACAAGAGUACACGUGACCGACUUGAACUUCAAUAUGAAAAUGAUCUCAAGGCAUUACGUGAAGCUAAUGUGCAAGCGGAGAAAACCUUCCUUGAUCAAUUUAAGCUACAACUUGAACGAAACGUAUCUUCGCGAACCCUGCGCAAAUCAAUAUUUCGUGAUGUUCGAGACAGUAUUGAUAGUAACAGAGGAAUUACUACCCUACGUGCACUGGCAAAUAAUGGAUCUUCAAUGCCAGCUAGUGAAUACUGCUUAGAAGCGGUCAAAUUCUUAGAACGGGAAGAAAGUAACCUCGCAUCUCAACUAAAUAAGCUGAAAGAAGUUCACAAUAAAAAGAUAGCUCAUUUGGAUUUACAAUUGCAAUCGGAGCAAUAUGAGCUUAAUAUGAAUUUCACAAAGGAGCAGGGCAAAAUGGAACAGCGACACAUGCAUAUGCGACACCAGUUGGCAAGGAGUCAGUUGAAGGACUUUGCUAUGGCUGAUCGACAGCUACUGGCUAAACGCCUGGCCUCCCAGCUGAUCGAACUUAAGGACGCUGCAGAGGCCGACAGGGAGCGACUACAAGAGACGCAAAUGCUUGAGAGGAAAAUUUAUCUCAAGAACGAAAAGUCGUCACACAAGAGGAGGAUGGCGCAUUACCAAAAGAAGCUUCGAGAUGAUGGGCCGCCAAAUGGAUUGACCAUAAAGGAGGCUAUAGCAAAGAUGGAUGAAACAGAACGAUUACGUGGUGCAGACGCAAUGAGGCGGCUAGAAAAUCACCAUCAAAUGCAAUGGCAAGCACUCGAUCGUGAGAUAAUGUCGAGAUUUAUUGAAUUAGACGAGCAGCAAUGUGAGAAGAAGACCCUACUUUCUAACCAAGAAACAAAUCGACUAAAAGAAUUAGAAGACGAAAAUAAACAGGAGAUGAAGGCCCACAUAGACCGCCUCCAGCGCAAACUCCAGCAACUUCGCGAGCGCUAUGAAAAGGAAAUUACCAGCCGAGCAGACACAACGUCAUUUGAAUCAGAUAUGUGCACUAACCCGAACAAUCAAAAUAACAACUCUACCAACCUUCUCCUAACUCCCACGUUAUCAGUCACAUCAGGACCACAACCAUAUAAAUGUUAA